CACACACACACACACACACACUCCCCUCGUUCUUUCUUCCCCCUGGAUAUAUCAGAGGCUGAGCGAAGCGCCCGGGAGGGCCGGGACCGCGGCUUCUGGGCAGCGGAGCCUCCCCGGAGCGCCCCCAUUUGGAACGUACAUUUCAGCACUUUGGACAGCGCCCGAGGCUCCGGGGGCCUCCGGGCUGGACCAUGGCGAGCGUGCAGCAGGGUGAGAAACAGCUUUUUGAGAAGUUCUGGCAAGGGACCUUCAAAGCCGUGGCCACCCCUCGGCCCGAGAGCAUCAUCGUCGCCAGUAUCACCGCCCGCAAACCUCUCCCAAGCACUGAAACUCAGAGCUGUAUGACAUACGCAGCUGAGGAGGGACCCCAAAAAAAGCCGAGACAGCACGCAACGCCGGAGGCCUCCAUCGUUAAUGGCUGGGAGCAGGGAAAGGCUGGCCAGGAGCUCACACCCACCAGGACGCACAGUGCAUUCCGGGACAAGGACUUGACGCCACCGCCUUCCUCCAGGGGCAAGAAGAAAAAGAAGAAAUCGGCUCGGAAGAAGCGAAGGAGGUCCCCCUCCUAUAGUCCAUCUCCAGUAAAAAAGAAGAAAAAGAAAAGUUCUAAGAAGCACAAGAGAAACAGGUCUUUCUCCAAGAAGAGAAGACAUAGUUCCUCAAGCCCCAAAAGCAAAAGAAAGAAAGAAAGAAAACACCAGAAACAAUCCCGAAGCCGGCCUCGAAAAUCUCACCGCCGUCGCCACCGCCGCUGUCACUCUCGGUCCCCCAGCUCCGAGUCGCGCUCCUCCAGCUGCGAGAGCAGGCACAGGGCCAAGUCCCCCGAGGAAGGGCAUAAGUCCAGGCGGAGGCGCCCCCGGCACUGCUCUAAGGCUAUCCAAAAGGGAAGUGUGAGCAGUGGUGAGACCCGGUCUGGCCAUCCCCCUAGCCAGUCCCUCCAGGUCUACAGCUUCCUCUCGUCCAAUGAAGUCAUUUCUCAGUCGGGGUCUUCCGUUGACCUCUUUACCAAAACAGUCAGCCCGCUCAGCAAUCUCGCGGCUCCCCGAGGAGGGUCCCAAGAAUAUGACUCAGGAAAUGACACUUCCUCCCCGCCCUCUGCAAGGACCAGCUCCUCCAGCCCCCAGGAUGGCCAGGACAAAGGGAGCCCGGGUCGGCCAGGUUGCGGACGCGGUGGCUUGGCUGCUAGCAAGCCCAAGCUGUUGCUCACCAGUGAUAACAGCUCGGAUUCGGGGAAUUCCUUCACUACGUGCUCUUCCCAGACCAAGCGACCCACUUUGGAGACUCUCCCUUCUGAGCCCCAAGCCUCAGACUCAAGAGGAUUCCAGUCACCAUGCCUUGGUUGCUCAGAGGUGAAGAAACUGAGUCCUGUCCCCUCACCAGCUCGGACCACCCCACUGAGAGCAUGCUCCCGGGCUAGCUCUUAUAGCAGUCCUGCCAGGUCCUCCCCUGCUUCCAGCCACUCGUCCCCAUCACCGAAUCACAGGGGAGCCUCCCCCAGGUACACCCGAAGCCGCUCAAGCUCCUCAGGGAAGAGGUCCUACACUCGGUCUCCCAGCUACUCAUCCACAUCUGGCAAACUAAGCAGAAGUCCCCGGCCCCGACGGAGUCCCAGUUACACCCGGUAUAGCCCUAGCAGAGACAGAGAACGAGACCACAAGUAUGGACCCAGUGAAAAGGAGACCCCUCGGGAACGGGAACGGAGAAGGCGGCGGUCUUACUCCCCCAUGAGGAAACGUAGGAGGGAUUCUCCCAGCCACCUGGAGGCUCGUCGGAUCACAAGUGCCCGGAAACGUCCCAUCCCCUACUAUCGGCCCAGCCCCUCCUCCUCCAGCAGCCUCAGCAGCUACUCCUCCUGGGACAGCAGCAGCAGCCGCAGCCGCAGCCGCAGCUACUCGCGAAGCAGCAGCAGCAGCCGCAGCCGAAGCAGCAGCGAGAGCAGCAGCAGCGACAGUGACGGAGCCAGUGAACCUGGGAGCCACAGCCGGAGUUAUGCCUCUGAGGGCAGCUACGAAAGCACAGGCCACUAAGGGGGGCCUCCCAGCUGUGGCCUCCAGACUCUGGCCCCUUUCUCAUUACUGACAGAAGCCUUGUGCCCCAUGGAGGCUCUAGAUCCCCAACUUACCCCAACCCUUCCCUCCACUCCAAGGAGAAGAGGGGACCCAUCAGCUCCUCUCUCCUCCCCUCUGCAGCCAGCCAUGAGCCACGCAUGCCCUGUAGCCAUUCUGGACCAGAAUCCAGUGGGGGUGGGGAACAGAACAGCUCACCCGAUACAGAGGGAGCCCUUUGUAUGAUCUAAGGACCUCCCGGCCGUGGUUCAGAUAUGGGGCUUCAUGGGGGCACCAGGGAUGCCACUGGGCUUACAAAACUCCACUCACUUAUUUUUCCAUAAUAACGGCACAGCCAAUGGAUACAUGGACCCCAUUGGGUGCCAUUUUGACUCUUUCUCCCUAUACUGGCAACAUAGAUGCUCUGACAUCAUUUUCACCAUCCUAAUCCCAAACUGUUGUUUUGCAGCUCAUUCUAAAUCCAGGUUGAUAGCAAGAGAGAAAACCAAAGGGCAGCACCACCCUGAGAAGCAGAAGCUUCUUGGGGUACACAUCCCCCAACUUUGCUGCUCCCCACUUAGUGAAGGGAUGCUGAGCAGUCACAUCAUCUCAGUGUGUGCCUUGGGUUAUAGGGAAUGGGGAGGGUGAGGUGAGAACCACGAAAAACCAACAGUAGCAUUUUAUUUGGAAGUUGUGGGCCAACAGGGGGAGGGAGGAAGGGGGAAGAGGGAUUGGGAAGAGAGACCCAACACUGGCUACUGAGCCUGUGAAACCUUCCGGGCCACAAAAUCUUUGGUCCAGAAGGAAGAAAGAAGGACGAUCUUUGGCAGCCACGUCAUCGCAGUAUGGAAGGUGGAAGGGGGAUCUUGGGAAGGAAGAAUCGACUAUUCGGCUUGACUAUUUCAGGUUCUAACUUUGGAAAUACUCUUCUGAACUUUGGAAAACACUCACCUCUCUGUGGGAAUGAUAUCACUAAAGAUGCCAAACUAGAUAGAAUCUGCCUCUGGCAGACUCCAGUAAGACAGGGAGUGAUGAGAUUGGCAAAUGAGAGAACCGGACCAAUAAGAAAGAGAGGAUGGUCCUCCAUUCCUUAUUGUAACCUGAUGUUUCCUAUACAGCCAUCAUCUCACCCAUCCGUCUGAGCCGUCUGGGGCCCCAGUGAGCGUCUCAACAAGAAAGACUUGCCCAAUCUCCUGGGGGCCUUUCACCCAGGCUCCAAUCCAAUAGGCACUGAUGUUUCCAACAUCAACAAGGCUCUCCAAGCUUCGGGAGGCAGGUGAUACAAAGCCACCUGCACACAAACAGCUAGAUCCUGAGUGACUCAGAGAACUUGUGAUUCUUUUCCUGAACCCCUAGGACAAGGUCUGAUUCAUGUCCCCCCAGCUGGCACCAUUUUUCUUCAUGUAGACUCCAGCUGGAAAUACCUUGGGUGCCACUGGUCUCGGCCAGAAGCCAGUGCCUGCUGAAAGGCCCCACUCUUCCGUCAGCAUUUGCCCAUAAUCUCCCUGAUUCCCAAAUCCCAGGCUCCUGACUUCAGGCAUCCCAGAGUCUUCUCCUUCCAUAAUAACAGCACAACCAAUGGGUAGAUGGACCCCAUUGGGUGCCCAUAUCAUCUCCUUGUGGGACCUCUUGGGUCAAGGUAUCAAUGCCCCCGUUUCUCUGCUUAAGUCCUUUUCCCCAGAAUCCUCUAGGGAAUUUAGCUUAAGUUGCUUAGAUCCCUGAGCACAGAACAGGUCCAGCAUAGGAGUUGAGGUAGAAGGGAAGGUUUUGGAGGCGAACUUGCCAACUCAUGCCUCGGGCGUUCAGCUGUUGCUAGCUUUCAGUUAGGGGGAAGCCCCUUCCUGGUCUCGCUCUAACUCCUGUUUCUUGAUGUCACCCGCAGCCUGGUGCCAGGGGCAGCUGUGAGCCGAUCAGCAAAUCACAGAUGCCAUGGCCUGAAAUCAUAUGAUGGGUGUGAAGGAGUGGAAGGAAAAAGAAGUUUUAAAUAACAUGGGGGUAGAUCAGUUUUCAGGAGUGAGGGAGGGAUGAAAGUUUCACUGCUCAUGGCAACAGUGAUUGGAAAGAAAAGAAAAGUGGAAGGGGCUGGGAUGAUAAUCCAGUUUCCAUUAUCCUUCUCUGGGAAGGCAGGACAGAAAGCUUCUCAUGGUGUGAAGGAUGUUGGGCUUCCCACGUUGGUCUUCCAUUCAAAGCAGCUAAGAACUUUAAUUAUUUGGGGGUGAGUUCCCACUGCCUCUUCACCUCAUCCCACGCCUAGCACACACACAUGCACAAUGGUUAGCUGUUCUUGAAGAGAACCAAAUGACAUCACACAAUGUACACACAAACACACACACACACACAAACACACACACACACACCCCUUGGGUUGCCAGGCUUUCUGGGACCCUGAGCCCCCAGAAGCCAGGUACCUGGCCAUUCAAAGAUCAUCAAGUAAUACAUGGGGAAGCCACAAGAUGUUUGUGGUCAAUACAGAGAAAAAGGAAGGGCAAAGUUAGUUCAACUGAAGUUUCCUUGAGAUUAUAAAGGUUGCCAGUCCCUCUGAUUUUCCCAUGGGAAGGAACAUAGGUGGGAGAAAGCAGCGAUCACUGGGUAGAGAUGGAAUCCCAUGCCACAUACCUCCUCCCACACCUUAAGAGUGUGUCUAAGAGGCCUUCCUCUCUGUUCCACCAUCACCUGCCUCUGGUCCCUGGCUUUCCGUUCAGCUUUAACCCAGACCCCUCCGCUUCCAGGGUUAAACCAGAUCUAUCUGCUCCUGGCUUCCUAACAUCAAACUCAUGAUAUCACCACCACAGGAAAAAAAAAAAAAAAAACAGCAGCAACAACAAAAAGAGAAAAAUGGUUCCCGGGCUCAAAGAGAGAUCUUGACUUGGGAGUUAGAGGGGAUGUAUAGAUGAUGUAUAUAUCCACCACAAGGUGUGGACCUGACGUUAUUUCUUCAUGGAGAUCUGUGGACCAAGGGCCUCCGGUGCCAUCCAGACUCCUAUGGGAAGGCAGCGAGCUAACUAAGGAGAAUCCACAGCCCCGAAAGUUUUAUGAGGCCGGCUCUCUAUGAAAUCAACACUGGAAUUGGUUGAAGCCACUUUUCAAGGACUGCUUCAAAUCAUUGUUAUUCUGUGGAAGCUACUACACCUCAGGGGGUUUCUGGUCUGCUGAUACUGGAGAAAACCCUACUAACUUAUUUAUUUAUUUAUUUAUUAUUCUAAUUUUUGGAGGCGAUCGGUCACCAUUUAGCAGUAUUUAUUUAUUUAUAUGGAGGGACGAGCAAGGGGGUGGUUGGGAGGGCACUUUUAAGUUAUUUUUAUGUCUAAUUUAUUCAUGUCACUGUGGAAGUCUGAGGGUUUACAUGAAGAUUCUUGGGACACCACAAGGAGCUGGGUGGUGAGCCUUUGUCUCUUACCCUAACCAUUGGUGUAACCAAAGUGUAGCCUUCGGUCCUUUGAAAUCUUAUCUUGAGACCGGCAUGGGCAAUGGCACUUUGUGAGGUGGGCUGGAAGGAUGAUUCUGCUGGUCUUUUCCAUCAGGUUGGGAGGUCCAUCCAACCACCCACCUGCUACCUCACUGGGAGGUGCAUCUGAUCCAGUUAUUUACUAUGGUUAUUGUUCUGGGUGCUGUGAAUAUGGACGGGUCCCUUUACUCCUUGUGAACAGCAAGGGAGGAUUCAGAAGUUCAGUGUCUUAUACUGAGAGAUCUCUGCUCCACAGUAGCUGAAUCGAUCAUACGGAUUCAGUUUUGACUCAAGGGGUCAGUUUCCAAAGCACUUAGUUCAUAAAGGAUCCAGAAAUCUUGUGACUGACAACCCAAGAGAGGUCACCCGGAUAUUCAUUUUUGAGUCAGGCCACUCCAAAGACCGACCCCCAGCCCCAAUAGAAUGAUGUCCAAUGGGCUAUAUAAAUCUAUUGCCCGCUUUUUCAAUGUUUCAAGUUUCCAACCCCAGAGACAUUUGUCUCUGUCGAGUUAACCCGUUCAAUCUGGGUCCGUUUCCAAAGGUUACUGUUGUUCUGCUUCCUAUUAGUGUUACUCUGUUAAAUACAAACCUGUUUAAAUGGCCUAGUCUUGGGUUUGGAAGGGUUUUUACUGUAUGGUUUACAUUCCUGAGUGUUUGUGGGGAGCCAUGUCUUUUGUGGGAAAUAGAACUCUAAGCUACUGUAUCUUGUAUCUAUGAGAAUAAUUGUGAAUUGUCAUCAAGCAUGGUGGUCCCCCAGAGAACUCUGGGAAGGUCAGAAAUGGUUCGAGGUCUUUAUCCAGAGACCUAAAAUGUCUCGGCUGAAAAUCCUCAUGUCUCCCAAGGAACUACUGAGUUUUUCCUUCCUGUUCUCUAUCAGUCUUUCUUAUUUCCUCCCUUUGUCCCCUAAGUGAAACAUAAUCCUUAUCAUGUCAAUAAAGAGCCUCAAUUAAUCAGAA